AUGCCAAUACUUGCUGUCAUGACAGGCUUUGAUUUUCUAGCUGACGUUGCUGGUAAACACCGCCUUUGGGUCAUCACAGCUCCAACUUUUGCAGAUAACUAUUACAGAAUGAUGGAAAAACAGAUAGAGGAAACACAAACCGAAGGGUUGGUCUGCAAACUCGCUGAGAGAGACACCUUCAUUGUCAUCCUGAUUCACAAUGCAAUGAUGGGAGGUAAACUUAGAAAAACAACCCAUGAGGGGGAGGUAACAGAGGAAAUUAUUGAUCAAGAUACAAUGACUAAGCUGAUGCACUAUUUAUCGUUUGAGUAUGGAAAGUUUGGCAUGCUAAUUUUAAAGAAAAACUUACAGGUGGGUGAGCACUUCCCCUACCCUGUUAGAAUUGAAGCAGUAUUGGCUACCAUAGAUCAGUUACCAUUAAGAAAAUUAGAAAAAUUAACAAGAAGAGGGGCUCAGGAGAAGUGCAACAUUCCCAAACGACUAGUCAAGAGAAGACAAGGAUCAGCAGUCAGUAAAGUAAAGGUUAUGAAUACUUCAAUGCAAAGUAACCAUACUUUAUUAAACUUCAAACAGAAGAGGCUACACAAUCAAAAAGAGGCAUUAAAGAACAAAGUCCAAGACAUCUUAAAAGGAAGAUCUAGAUUUGUUAUCAAGAGUCAACCCAGGGUUGUAUCAGCUCAACAAACAGCAUCUGUAAGACAGAAGUCCUUCAUCAAUCCUAAAACUAGGAGUUCCCUCCCCAGGACAGUGGUACUGACAAAUGUAACCUCUAGUAGAAGAAAACAAAAACAUAAUGGUGAUGAUGUUGUCUACAACUCAAACAAAUCUCUAGAGGCAACAAGCUUUCCUCCAAGAUCUCCACAACAACUGGGGAAUUUAAAUACAUCUAACAUACAUAGCACAGCUGCACCGCCAACAAAAAAGGACAGAAAACACAAAAAGGAAUCUCAAAAGCUAGUUGCACAAAAAACAUUGCCUUCCUCAAACAUUUCUAUAGCAGUAAGUGACAAGGAUAGCAGCAAAGAUAAAGCUAAUGGCAGAGAAGGCAAAAAAAAUCGAAACAAAGGUGGAAGGAAAUCUCAGCGAGCUACAGUUAUCAAGACAGUGCAGGAUUUUUUGGAGCAUUUUCGAAACAAGAGGCGGCUUCUGAUUAUUAGCUCUCCCAGCAAAGAAAAUCUGCUGUAUGUUCAACAAAGAGAGGAAAAUGUGGAACACAUAUGUGAACUAGCAUUAAGAAAUAUCUCAGUUAUCACUAUUCUUGGCUCUGAGCUGAACAGCACUUUAAAACUAGACCACUAUCAACCUGUUAUAUUUAAAGAUAAAGGCCCUCUGCUUGGAGUGCAGAAUGCGGCCUUGGUUGACCUCGAUCUGAUUGCACAGAUUCGCAAGGAUUAUAAAAUGGGUUAUAAUGAAUUCUUUAUGGUGGUAACAGACUAUGACUUGACACUGAAGCAAUACUUUGAUGCUCCUAUUGCUAUGAAGUUAAUGAUGGAUUAUAUUGACUCAUUUUCAUCAAGACUGCCAGAGAUUGGAAAAGAGAAAAGUGAUUCUGUAUCUUGCAAAGAACGAGAUAGCAGAACCAAUACCUACAACUUUCUAUCAAGAUUUCAUUCUAAAAGAACACUUUUGAUAAUUUCCUUUCCCAAUGAAGAAGACUAUUCUUUUCAACAGCAAGUUACUGCAACAAAUGGCCAAUCUUGUAACCUUGGAAUCCGGCAUUUUGCUGUACUGAAAUUAAUUGGAGCAGGGCCCAAAGCUUCGGCAUCUCUUGAUUUGUUUCCAGCAAAUGGAAAGAGUGAAUCGGAGCAUGAAGAACUAACUACAGACGUCGUGAAGGGCCUCAGGGAACACUUCAAGAUCAGUGAGGAUUACUUUGCCAUGCUGAUGAUUGGGAAGGACGGGCUGAUCAAGUCGUGGUACCCAGCUCCCAUGUGGUCCAUGGCAAUCGUCUAUGACCUGGUUGAUUCUCUGCAGCUCAGACAGUCUUCACUUGGAAUGCACUGCCCAGAAGAACAGUAAUCAACCAGCAAUCAUAUUCCUGCAUGUGAUGAAACUGAUGGCCACAGCUCUUGGAAUUAUGACAGCGUCAUCCCUUUAUAGGGUUACCAGAUUGAAAAAUACUUUUUUUCAGUUCAU